AUGACCGAAUCGCUGCGGGGCCGAACGGCGCUGGUGGUGGGCGCAGUGGCGCUCGGAUCGUCGGUCGCGACGCUUGCAAGCGUGCUUGGGUACCAGCAUGUGGCACGCGUGCAGCGCAGGAAGCGGCUCGCGGCCGAAGUCAAGCGCGAGGCGCACAUGGAGCCGUCGCCGAUGCCGGAUCGGCCAGUGGAAAGCCUCGCGUCGAGCGUGCACGAGGAGAACGACGCGCCGCCAAGCGCGUACGAUGAGGAGCUGAUCCGCGAGCAGCUCAGCCGCAACUACAGCUUCCUGGGCGAAGAGGGGAUGGAUGCGGUGCGUAACGCAUUCGUCAUCGUCGUAGGCGCCGGCGGCGUCGGCAGCUGGGCAGCGCUCAUGCUGCUGCGUUCGGGCGUCGGGCGUCUGCGCCUCAUCGACUUUGACCAAGUCUCGCUCUCGUCGCUGAACCGCCACGCGUGUGCGACGCUCGCCGACGUAGGCCGGCCAAAAGUGACCUGCUGCGAGCAGUUCUUCCACCGCAUCGCGCCGUGGGCCGACGUCGAGGCGUGCGUCGAUCUGUUCCGCAAGGAGAACGCGGAGCGCCUGCUCGAGGGGCGGCCGACCUACGUCAUCGAUGCGAUCGACAACCUCGAUACCAAGGUGGAACUGCUCAAGUACUGCGCCAAGCACCACCUCAAGGUGUUCUCGUCGAUGGGCGCAGGCGCCAAGGCGGAUCCGAGUCGCAUCCAGAUCAGCGACAUCUCGACCACCGUAGAGGAUCCGCUCGCACGCGUCGUCCGCCGCGAACUGCGCGCGGCUGGCGUCCCGACGAUCCCGGGCGGCAUUGCUGAGCCUGCCAAAGACCCGGGCGGCAAGGCGGACCCACAGCCGAAGCGCGACGGCCGUUCGGCGGCACGGAACAUGCGCCGCACAUCGACAACGUCCGAUACGGGCUCCGAGGCAUACGACACGCCGUACGGGUCGCCGUCCGAGAAGCCCGAGGAGAAAAAGGACGCCAAGCCCUCGUUUACCGACGCCGACUUUACACAAGAGUGGACCAUUCCGUGCGUCUAUUCGACGGAAAAGUCGGACGUGCGCCUUCUUCCGCUCGCCGAGGAAGAGAUGGACAAGGGCGACGUCGGCGAGCUCGCUGCGUUUGACGACUUCCGCGUCCGCAUCCUGCCGGUGCUGGGGCCGCUGCCGGCCAUGUUUGGUCUCGCUGCUGCGACGUAUAUCCUGUGCGACCUGGCGCACCACAAAAUGGAGCCGCUCGCUGUCAAGGGGCGCCGCAAGCUGUAUGAGAAGCUGUUUGCAGACCUCAACGUGACCGAGUCGCGCUACCCUUCGCCACCGAUCGACAAUGGACGUCCAGUGCCCGCAAAUCGCAAGGUGCUCACGGACGAGGACAUCCCGCCGAACUACCGCUCGACGGCUACGGCCAAGGGACCGCCGCCAGUCGUCCGUAUUCCGUUCAGCGUGAACGACUGUGCGUACCUCUUUGAGGAGCUCUUCCGGGGACGCACCGUCGUGCCGCCGUACGAAUCACUGGCCACGGGGCAGCUCGUGCGUUGGGAUCCUCGCAAGCCGCUCGACUAUGACAAUGUCGUGCUCUUCUCGAGGAAGCAGGCACGCGAGCACGAGCAGGUACUCAAAGACAAGAGCGACCCUGCCGAGUUUUGGGGUCCCAAAGUGGCCGAGAUGGUGCGUCGGCGCCAGGCGGAAGAAAAGCGCAUGUCGCAUUGGAGAUAG